AUGGACGAACUCAUCUCAGCUGGGUACGGCUCAUGGACCUCGUCAACGUCACUCACGAAACUUGAGAACAUUUUGGCGGAAAUGGCGAAGGAACGAUGGACGGGAAAAGAUAGUGGGAGUCCGCAGAAACUUCGAAUGAUUGACUACGCAUUCAAACAGGAACUUGCAAGAACACGAGAAAAUGUCGAUGACUUGUUCUACUACGAUGGACAUAAAGUGGGUCGUGGGACCUACGGUCAUGUGUUCAAGGCUCAACCAAAAGUGCCUUCCGCUAAAUAUCCAGCUAAAGAAUAUGCUUUGAAGUUAAUUGAAGGUCAAGGAUUCUCCAUGUCGGCAUGUAGAGAGAUCGCAUUAUUGAGAGAGUUGAAACAUCCGAAUCUCAUAUGCUUGCAACGAGUUUUUCUUACCAACGAGAAAAAGGUGUGGUUAUUGCUAGAUUACGCAGAACAUGAUUUAUGGCAUAUCAUAAAGUAUCAUCGUGGUGCUAAAGCAAAAAAGAUGCCAGUAAUGGUGCCGAAAGGAAUGGUGAAAAGUAUCCUCUACCAGAUCCUUGACGGUAUACACUACCUUCAUUCCAAUUGGGUACUUCAUCGUGAUUUGAAGCCUGCUAACAUACUUGUGAUGGGUGACGCUCCUGGUGUACAACGUGGCAGAGUGAAAAUUGCUGACAUGGGAUUUGCUCGUAUUUUCUACAAUCCACUCAAACCUUUGGCAGAGCUUGACCCAGUUGUCGUGACUUUUUGGUAUCGAGCGCCAGAAUUGUUGCUUGGAGCAAAACAUUACACCAAGGCAAUUGAUGUUUGGGCAAUUGGAUGUAUAUUUGCUGAAUUGCUUACUGCAGAACCAGUAUUCUUUUGUAAGGAAGAGGAUAUCAAAGCACAAAGUCCAUACCACUAUGAUCAGCUGAAGAGAAUAUUCACAGUUAUGGGUUACCCUCAGGAAAAUGAGUGGACUGACUUCAAGAAGAUGCCUGAUUAUCAUAAACUCCAGACCGACAUUAAAUCCUCUCAAACAGCUUUUCCCAACUGCAGUAUGACCCGUUAUAUGGAGAAGCAUAAGAUAGAAUCUGACUCUCCUCAGUUCAAAUUAUUAGUCAAGCUUUUAACUAUGGAUCCAAACAAGCGAAUAUCCUGCAAGGACGCAAUGGAGGAGCCAUACUUCAAGAUGGAUCCAAAACCUACUGAGGAUGUGUUUUAUAAGUUUGAAAUACCAUAUCCGAAACGGGAAUCGUUGCCAGAUGCGGAUAUCAAGAAAUCUCUUGCCAUGAACAUUGUUGAUGAUCAAAAUCAACAAGCAACGAAUCCUCAGGUCAAUCAAACUAUGAAUCAGCAGCUGGACUCAGAACCUGUUAACAAAAGGCUUCGCAUGGGAGGGCAGCAGAUGAAUGCCAAUAGUCAACCAAUGUUCCCUAGUGGAGAUUUCCAUCAACCAAUGCAGGCUCAACAUAUGAUCUCCCAAUCAAUGGACAUGGGUGGAAUGAUGAACCAACCUCAACAGCAAUAUCAGCAACCACCCAUAUUUGCGAGUCAACCAAUGCCCACAUCCAUGCCUGUUUCCGGCCAACAACAAAUGGGUAUGAUGCAGGGGGCUCAACAGUUCCAACAUCAAAAUAUGGGAAUGAUGCAAGGACAGCCUAUGAUGAUGCGGCAGCAAAUGCCUCCAGCAUAUCAACAACAUCCGCAAGGCAUGAUGCAGCAAGGAGGAGGCGGUGUCGAGAUGAUGUCGUCUAUGCCACCAGGAAUGCACAACCAACAAAUGGGUAUUCAAAACAUGGGUGCCAAUCCUCCACCCUAUACAAUGAUGCAACAGCAAGCCCCUCAACAACCACAACAGCAACCUCAACAACAGUGGAAUCACUAUCAAUGA